GCCGCCCCGCCGCCCCGCCCGGCCGCAGCGGGCCUGGAGCUGCCCGGCGGCCCUGAACGACCCUCGCAGCGGCAGCGUCCUCCUCCGCCAUGGACGUGUACCCCCCGCAGCGGCUGGGGCUGCCUCGCGCUCGGUCCCUGGGCGGCCCCGGCCGCGGGUCGCCCUCCGUCAGCUGCAGCCGGCUCCGCCAGGUUCAGAGCAUCUUGACCCAGAGCAGCAAGUCUCAACCCGAUGGGAUCCUCUGCAUCCUUGGAAUUGAUAGCAGGUACAAUGAAGGCUGCAGAGAGCUGGCGAAUUAUCUUCUGUUUGGUUUGUACAAUCAGAAUACAAGUGAUUUUGAGAAAACAGGGUUUUCUGAAGAAGUUCUAGAUGAUGUAAUUAUAUUGAUUAAAUCAGAUAGUGUCCAUCUGUAUUGUAAUCCUGUAAACUAUCGCUAUCUCAUACCCUAUGUGGCACAUUGGAGAAAUCUGCAUUUCCAUUGCAUGACCGAAAAUGAGUAUGAAGAUGAGGAAGCUGCAGAAGAAUUUAAAAUUGCCAGCUUUGUGGACAUGGUUCGAGACUGUAGUAGAAUUGGCAUUCCUUACAGCUCCCAAGGUCAUUUGCAGAUAUUUGAUAUGUUUGUAGUAGAGAAAUGGCCAAUUGUACAAGCCUUUGCACUUGAGGGCAUUGGAGGGGAUGGAUUUUUUACCAUGAAAUACGAGUUGCAGGAUGUGAGUUUGAGUCUAUGGAAUGUCUACAGCAAGAUGGAUCCUAUGUCUCUGGAGAAUUUGCUUUCAGAAGAUUUGGUGGCUUUUGAACAUCAGUGGACUAGCUUCUUUGCUAAUUUUGACACAGAAAUUCCUUUCCUGCUGGAGCUUUCUGAAUCUCAGGCGGGUGAGCCAUUCAGAAGUUACUUCAGUCAUGGAAUGAUCUCCAGCCAUAUAACUGAAAACAGCCCUAACAGGCAGCCAUUUGUUCUCUUUGGUAAUCAUUCCACACGAGAAAAUCUGAAUGCCGGCAACUUUAACUUCCCUUCUGAAGGGCAUCUGGUACGCAGCACUGGUCCCAGUGGGAGCUUUGCCAAACACAUGGUAGUACAGUGCGUCUCACCAAAGGGACCCCUUGCUUGUUCAAGAACAUACUUUUUUGGAGCUACUCACAUUCCUUACUUGGGUGAUGAGAAUAAGCUGCCCAAGAAAACUGAACAAAUUAGGCUCUUGUCCCAGGUGUAUGCUGCUGUUAUAGAGGCUGUUUUGGCUGGCAUUGCAUGUUAUGCUAAAACUUCCAGUCUAACAAAGGCAAAGGAAGUAGCCGAGCAGACCCUGGGAUAUGGGUUAGAUUCCUUCGAAUUGAUGCAGUUUAAGGCAGCCCUACGCUCCAAGAUGGCUUUUCAUAUUCAUGCUGUGAAUAAUCAGGGAAGGAUUGUGCCUCUGGACAUUGAAGAUAGCUUAUACUUCGUGAAGACGGCUUGUAUGACUGUCUAUGACAUUCCUGACUUACUGGGAGGAAGGGGAUGCUUAGGGUCUGUGGUCUUCUCAGAAUCCUUUUUGACAUCUCAGAUCUUGGUUAAAGAAAAGGAUGGCACUGUUACCACAGAAACCAGCUUCAUAGUCCUGACAGCCGCCAUACCCAGAUUCUGCUCCUGGCUGGUAGAAGAUAAUGAAAUAAAAUUGUCUGAGAAAACCCAACAAGCAGUGAAGGGGGAUGCCUGUUUCCUGGGGACUUUUCUAACAGGAGGAGAAGGAGCAUAUCUUUAUUCCAGCAAUCCACAUUCCUGGCCUGACGAAGGGAAAGUGCACUUCUUCUCUAGUGGUCUUCUGUUUUUUCACCGUCAUCACGGAAGUAUCAUCCUUUCCAAGGAUCACAUGAAUUCCAUUUCGUUCUAUGAUGGGGAUUCCACAAGUGUUGUUGCUGUCCUUCUGAUAGACUUCAAAAGCUCAUUGCUUCCUCAUCUCCCAGUUCAUUUCCGUGGAUCAAGCAAUUUUCUGAUGAUUGCCCUUUUCCCCAAAUCAAAGAUAUACCAAGCAUUUUACUCAGAGGUCUUCUCCCCCUGGCAACAGCAGGCUAACUCAGGGCUGUCUUUAAAAGUGAUCCAGGAAGAUGGAUUAUCUGUGGAACAAAAGAGAUUACACUCCAGUGCCCAGAAGCUCUUCAGUGUCCUGAGCCAUUCUGCUGGGGAGAAACAGAGUCCUCUAAAACUACUCCCAGCCAAACUUCCAGAGCUAGACUGGUUUCUUCAGCAUUUUGCCAUCAGCAGCAUUAGUCGGGAGCCAGUAAUGAGAACCCAUCUCCCUGUUCUGCUGCAGCAAGCUGAAAUCAACCCUACUCACCAAGUAGAAAAUGACAAGGUAAUUAUCAGCAUUGUAACUGGCCUCCCAGGCUGUCAUGCUAGCGAGCUCUGUGCUUUUCUGGUCACUCUGCAUAAGGAAUAUGGCAGGUGGAUGGUAUACCGCCAAAUCAUGGACAGCUCCGAAUGUUUUCAUGCUGCCCACUUUCAGAGAUACCUUGCCAGUGUCCUGGAGGCCCAGCAGAACCGCUCUGCCCGCCAGUCAGCCUACAUCCGCAAGAAGACCCGACUGCUGGUGAUAUUACAAGGCUACACAGAUGUCAUUGAUGUCGUCCAGGCCCUGCAGACCCAUCCAGACUCCAUCGUCAAGUCCUCCUUCAUCAUUGGUGCCAUCACAGUGUGCGUGGAGCCCCUGAGCUGCUACAUGGAACACAGAUUUCUCUUUCCUAAAUGUCUUGACCAGUGUUCACAAGGCCUGGUGAGUAAUGUGGUGUUCACCAGUCACACCAUGGAGCAGAGGCACCCUCUCCUUGUGCAGCUGCAGAGCCUCAUCAGGGCUGCCAACCCUACUGCAGCCUUCAUUCUUGCAGAAAAUGGGAUUGUCACCAGGAAUGAAGACAUUGAGCUGAUUCUCUCAGAAAAUAGUUUUUCAAGUCCUCAGAUGCUACGAUCUCGAUAUUUAAUGUACCCUGGCUGGUAUGAAGGUAAAUUUGAUGCUGGAUCAGUCUUUCCACUGAUGGUUCAAAUCUGCGUAUGGUUUGGUCGCCCCCUGGAGAAGACUCGCUUCGUGGCCAAGUGUAAAGCAAUUCAGUCUUCCAUCAAGCCAAGUCCCUUCUCUGGAAACAUCUACCAUAUCCUGGGCAAAGUGAAGUUUUCAGACUCUGAGAGGGCCAUGGAGGUCUGCCACAACACUCUAGCCAAUUCUCUGAGCAUUGUCCCGGUUUUGGAGGGACCCUCACCACCGCCCGAUUCCAGAAGCACACCUCAAGAUAGCAGCGGGCAGCAGGAGUGUUACCUUGUGUUCAUCGGCUGCUCCCUGAAGGAAGAAAGUGUCAAGGACUGGCUGCGGCAGUCAGCUAAGCAGAAGCCUCAGAGGAAAGCCCUGAAGACCAGGGGGAUGCUGACCCAACAGGAGAUCAGGAACAUCCACGUGAAACGCCACCUGGACCCCCUGCCCGCGGGCUAUUUUUACAAUGGCAGCCAGUUUGUCAACUUCUUUGGUGACAAGACUGAUUUUCAUCCACUUAUGGACCAGUUCAUGAAUGACUAUGUGGAAGAAGCCAACCGGGAAAUCGAGAAGUAUAACCGGGAGCUGGAUCAGCAGGAGUACCAUGACCUCUUUGAACAGAAGCCCUAGGGGAAGGCUGGGCCAUACAUACUGCAGAAUGUUCACCCUAAAGGUGGACGUUCAGAAAUGGGGUUACUGAACCUCAGCUCUCCCAGAGGCCCCUCCCUAAAGGGGCUGUCCUUGUUCUUCUUGGCCUUUGUAUACUGGCUUGAGUGCAUGUUGUCUUUAUUUCCACACAGCGCUGAAGAGCAUCACCUGCACCACUGAUAGGGGGUGGGGAGGUGGGGCUCAUGGAGGAUACAGAUAAGGACUGCCCUGUGUAUGCGGCUGGCAGCCCAGAACCUCUUGGUCUCUCGUCACAGUACCUCCUUUGGGCUAUUGAGGCACUGUGACAGAGAGCAGCAUUUGUACACAGAGGAGCUUUUGGGAUGUAGAAGGAACCCUGGCUGCCUGAACUGUGGCCAUGCCUAGAGGACCAAGCCACCACAAGCUUUGGGCCUCAGACACUGCCCCAGGAGAACUGUGUUCCCAGUGGAAUGCCUGCCUUCCCACUUAGGCCCCUUGCAUUGAAGGAGCUGGCCCUGCUGGCCCUGGGGAGUAGCCCCAGGGGAGUAGCCCAAGCCCAACCCACAGAGCCACAGCUUGGGCUGAGGUCAACAGCUUAUUCUAAGAUGAAGGGAUGUCCCCUUAUAGACUGAGGGGAAAGGCAUGUUGCUUUCCAGAGGCAUGAGGCUUUUGAAUUAUUAUAAGCAGUCUCCCUGGAGGUUGGUUUUGUGCUCCCCUCAUGGCAUCACUCUGGUUUGCCUCAUUCAGCCCUUCUGAUGAUGCUUCACCUUACUUUUCAGGGGAGCAUCUUGCAACUGCUUACUCUUAGUCCCAGGGCUCUGAUCACUUGUGGAGCCUCCUUGAAGGGGGCUUACUCUCCAGCAGCCAGCCCUCACUUGAGCCUUGCCAGGGAAGGCUUGGUCUUCAGCCACAAACUUCAGGAAACUUAUGUCCCCAAGCAUUGUUUCAAAGAAUUCCAAUAUCCAGUUGAGAAAGCCUUCCAGUGGCUUUGUUUUCAGCUGAACCAUAAAGCAGAGGGGAAUUACAAAUGUACCCAUACCUGACGUCCAGAAUCACUAUGGGGGAGGGGGGGGUCACAGGCACUGAUAUUUGGGUGAUGCCUGUUAGGACUUUAGCGCCUCAGCAGCCUAGAUUGUAAAUGCUUUCUGAAUUUUACUUUUUUUUUUUUUUUUUUUUUUUUUUUUGCAUGUCUUAGGAAGAAGCACAUAGAUGAAACCAGCAAAGUUUCCAGUAAUGUAGAGGGGUUUUUGAGAAUGGCCCCUGGCACAGAGGAGAGAUUAAGAAAGGAUGGAGCACAUGUGGCCUAUGUGCCUGGUCACUCAGAGGCCUCCAUGCAAGUAGCAAAUCAGGUGUUAAGGGCUUGUCAAUAAAAUGUACUUGUAUUAGAAAAAAAUAAUCUGUAUUUGAAGCCAAAUGAACAAAACCCCAAAUACCACUCAAUAAGAAAUCUUGCAUGAAGAAAGCCUUCUGAAAAGGCCCAUGUACUCCAGUUCCAGCUCCCAAAGCUGGUGGUGACAAGGGCCCAGAUAUGGAGCCCAAGUCUGGGAACACCUCAUUUCUGGUUGGCCAGCGGCUGGGGUUCCAUAGUGGGCCUGUCUCUACUUCAGAAUCAAUAACAUAGAUCUUAAGUGCAAUUGAUGAAAUAAGCAAUGAGUUACUGUAGCUUCCUUUAGCUCUACCGAGCUCUUUUUAAAAACUCAGACUUGAGCAGCCUUAGAAAAAGGUGAAGUGGGGUGGGUGGGGAGGGUAGGGGAACCAUAGGCCAUUUACUCCAAGUGGGUUGCUGUGAACUUUUAAAUGAAAGCUCUAGAUUGAGGAGCUCGAGCCAUUUCCUGGCUGCUGCACAAAAGAGUUUUUAAAGAGAGUUCAGAGCCCGCACAUAAAAGCGGGUCUUCCCACUGCGUGGGGCUCUACUACGUGGUGGUCUUGGUUUCUGACCAUUGUCCACAGAAAUGCUCUCUCACCAACUUGCCCCACUGUCCCAAUUCCUCUGCUGUUAGAGGGAAUACUGUGAUUACCUCAACUUGAAUAUGAAACUGUGAUUGAAAAAAGUCAAAACGUUAAGUUCCAAAGCCAAAAAGGCAGAACUGGCUGAGGCCUCUGGUGACGCUCCUCAGCUUUCUCGGGAGUGUAAAGGGGCACAUUGGCGAAAGGGCAUUCCUUGGGGGCACACUUGCUGUGCCCCUGGUGAAGAGGCACAUUAGCUGUGUAAGCUCUUUGAGGACUGAAGCAGGGAGGAUGCUCCCCCCUUGCACUGCCCCUUCUAGAACCUGCUGGGUGCCUAUGGGUUCUGACUGUGAAGUUUUAAUAUCCACUUGAUUCCUCUGGGAGCUCUAGGUGGAGGGACAGGGUCUUAGGCUGUCUCCAGAGGAAGGGCCAUGACACUGUGUUAUAGAUUUUGACCUUAGGAGUGGAUGCCAGGGACCCAGCAGCGACAUCAGGUGUAGUAGAUUCCUUAGGGAGAGGCAGAAGUCCUCCAGGGGUUUACGUGCUUUUUGCCAACUUUCCUAUUAGCAGCUUCAGUUUUGUAUCACCCAGAGUGAGUGUGAUAACAUUGAAGUCGCUGAAGUUAUGGGUUAUUUUACGUUUUGAUAUGGGAUUUUUUUUUCUUUUUUUGAUUGGAAGAAGGAGGCAGAAAUUGGAGAAAAGGGAUCACCCUGGGAAGGGACUGCUGGCAAGGAGUCCAACUGGCCCCAUCUGAGCCCUUGUGGCUCUCUGACCUGAGGCUAGGACACUGGGCCUUGCUGGUAGCAAGAAAAAGUUCCCUCCUAAAUUCUCUUAGGAUUUUGGAGAAUUUUUGCACAGUAAUAAGCUCUGGGUUUGCUCUUUGGGCUUCUCAAAAGGGAAAAGUUAACUCAAAGAUUGUAAACUAUUAAGUAUUCCAGCAUGUUGCUGACCUAGUUGGAUAGUUGUACCUCAAAAAGUAGGUGAGAAAAGGCUUCCUUGUCCCAGGUUGUCAAAUAAUGACAGAAGAGCUCACUUACGUGCCAAAAUUCACUUUUAUACUAGUUUUUCAGUGCUUUAAUAUUUGUAACUUAAAUUUUAAAACUCAUAUUUACAAACACUACUGUAACUUCAGUGAAACUGAAUUGUGUGAUUGAAGCUUUUUGCUUAUUAUAGUAUUUAUUACACUACUUAAUUCAGUAAAUAUAUAAAAGUAGCCUUCAAUUUAUUUUUAUAUUAUUUUACAUGUUUUUACCUGCAGUUGUGUAUGUGAAUUUACCUUGGUAACUGAGAUAUCAUGCUAAGGACCAAUAAACUCACUGAACAAGCAA